AUUUAACGAAUUUUGGAGGGAAAUCACACAUAAGUCAUUUAUAAAAGUAUUUUUACUUAUAUUGUUCCAUAUAAAUAUUAUAAAUAAAACAAUGUCGCAAACAACACUUACAAACUAUUUCAAUAGUAGAAAGAGACCUGCUUCAGACGACAUCGUAAGUUCUAAACAUAAAAUUGCUCACAUUGACCGUACGGUAGAGCCUCUAUUAAAGGUUAAAAAAAACUUGAUAUCAAAGGCCCGUGUUCAAGGAACUGUGAAUGAUAUAUGCAACAAUAAUACCAAGCAGAUAAAUGAAUUACCAAACAAAGCUCAUGACGAAAUCAAAGAGAUUGAAGUUGUACAAGCAUCAGUACAGAGUAAUUUAACAGAUAAUCAAAAGACUGUAAGUGCUUUUUCAAAGAAAGUGAACGCUUCAAAUAUAGCUAAGAGCAAUGAACCCUCCAAAAUUGAGACUGUUAAUUUGGCAAGAAAAGAGCUAAGUCUAGGAGAUAUAAAGAAGAAGCUAGCUGGCAGUAGUAGAUUGGCUGAAUUGAGAGCAACUGCUGAUCGCCUUAGUAAGGGCAUGCAACAACUUAAAGAAGCAACUGAAAAGAAAAAUUUGCAUGAAUUUAGGUCUAUUGAUGUGGACAUCCUUCAAAGUCCAAGCAAGAAAUCAGUAAUUCACAGUGAUCUGGUGUCACCUAAGAAGGAGACAAUUCCCCAAGUUUCUCAACAAAGACCCUUAAUAUCUCCAAGAAAAGUUAUUGUGAGCCCUGUCAAAAGCCCCAGUAAGGUACCAGCAUAUAUAAGACACGCUUCCCUUGCAUCAUCUGCACCUAGCUUACAGCUGCCCCACCAUUAUAGAUUCCUAGCUGAGUUAUUCCGUAGUAUGGAAACGGCUGUUUCACUUCUAUACAAUAGGAAGGAGAAGAUUACUUUUAACAAACUGAAGCCUUCUGUACAAGAGAUGCUGAAAAGAAAUUUCACUGAAAAACACUUGGCCCAAAUUAAACAUUUGGUGCCAGACUUUUACAAUUUUGAAAUACAAAAAGUAAAAAACUUCAGUACAUCCUCACACAAAGAAACAUAUGAAUUAGUAAUAUCUCCUAAUUUCCCCAAUGACAUUAAAACAAUCAACCCAUUGGUUCAGCUAGAAAGACGAAGAUAUUUUUAUGAUACACUGUUGCAAGUUGUUAAGAAACAUCAUGCACAGUUUUUGGCAUCACUUGACCCUCCAAUCGAUAUUCCAGAUAACAAAUUGGUUCGUUGGCACCCUGAGUUUGAACUAGAAAAAAUUCCAGAAAUUGAAUGUGCUAAAUUACCUGAAAUACCAAAUGCUGAGAAAUAUUCUUCAGCCCAAGAUGUUCUUGCCAAAGCAAGAGAACUGUUUAAGUGUAAUACAAAAAUGGAAAGAGCGUUGGAGAAACUUGCUCAGGCUAAAGCAAGAGGCUUAACAGAACAAGAAAAAGAAGUGACAGGAAUAAAUGACAUUCCACAAAUGAAAAAUGCUUCAACUCAAGCAUACCAACCAUCAUCGAGUGGUGUACAAAUUUUAAAUCCUGCUCUUCGCAAUUUACCAGCAGCUCUACUGGAGAAGGUCAAGGCAAAACAAGCAGCUAAAGCACUUGAAGCUAUGACAAGGUCAACAGACCACGACGAAAAGUACUUUAUCUACAGUCGGCUUCCUGACCUCGCUAGAACUUUAAGAAAUAUAUUUGUGACAGAAAGGAAGAAUGUAUUAGCUCUAAAUGUAAUAUUAUCAAAAUUAGACAGCAGUUUUAAGUCUAAUGUGUCUGCUAGUAAUUUACAUCGAGACAUCAAACUUCUCACUGAAGAAGUCCCAGAAUGGAUUAAAUUACAUGACAUUAGAAAUACUACUUAUUUGAAGUUAGAUAAAAACACUGAUUUGAAAGUCAUUACUUCCAAAUUAGAUAAUGCUGCUGCUAAAUACAAAACUGAUUAAAUCUAACAGAUCAAUGACUGACUAUCUAUUAGUUAUAGUAAUUACUUUCAAAAUAAUCAUUUUUAGGAAUACAAAUGUAUUAUUAAUUAGGUAUAUUUAUCAUGUUUGUCUUUAUUUAAGUAGUGUUAGUAGUAAGGAAUUUGACAUGAAAUAAAUUAAGCUUAUUUUGACAUGUAAUGGGAGAACUUUGCUUAUUUUGAUUUUUAGAGGCUACAAAAAAUAAUCUGAACUGACCAUAUAACAUUUGUUAAUGUUAGCCAUGGUGAAUGUGAAACUAUUUUAAAAUAAUUAUCAUAUUGUCUCUUUUCUCUCUCGAAAUUUUAGAUCAUUUUUAGUUAAAUUUAACUCAGUGGUACUAAAAAAUGUCUUCUGCAAAAUCUUCCAUCUUAAAACAGAUAUUAUGCAAUUAAAUAAUUAUGAUGAUAAAAGUUAUAUAAUUCCGUUUCUUUUGACAUUACGAAUUUUGUUGACAUGUCUUUAUUUAUAUUUUUAUUUUAAGUACAUAUUAUAAGUCAUCUUUUCUAAGUCUCUCUACAUACUAUCUGAAAAGUUUUAUUUUUUAGUUCUAAAAUUUUGAGUGUUGCAUUAAAAUUCUUUAAGAAUUCGA